AAAGUCUCCAGUGCAAGUCCAACUGUUGCAGCGAAUCAAAAUAAAGAGGAAAAGAAAAAAGAAAAUGAAGCUGUGAACCGACAUCAAAAUGAUCUACAGUGUGAGCCAAGCUUCAUAGAAGACAGACUGAAGCUUUAUGAAGUGCUGAAAAAAGAACAUGAUGCUUUGCUAGCUUACAGAGUGGCCAACCAGAGCAAACCUAUCAAAAUUACUCUGACAGAUGGAAAGAUGGCUGAAGGGGAAUCUUGGAAAACCACGCCGUAUCAAUUAGCUGUAGGAAUUAGUCAAGCAUUGGCUUCAAAUGCAGUUAUAGCCAAAGUGAAUGGUGAAUUGUGGGACCUGGAUCGUCCACUGGAGGGAGAUUGUACUCUGGAGCUGCUUACGUUUGAUAAUGAAGAAGCAAAAGCUGUUUAUUGGCAUUCAAGUGCUCAUAUUCUUGGAGAGGCCAUGGAAGGCUAUUUUGGGGGCUGCUUAUGCUAUGGACCACCAAUUGAGAAUGGAUUUUAUUAUGACAUGUAUAUGGAAGACAGAGGUGUAUCUAGUACUGAAUUCCCACUACUAGAGAACCGCUGUAAAAAUAUCAUAAAAGAGAAGCAGACUUUUGAAAGGCUGGAAGUCAAAAAGGAGAUCCUGUUAGACAUGUUUAAGUAUAACAAGUUUAAGUGUCGUAUCCUUAAUGAGAAGGUGAACACACCAACUACCACAAUAUACAGGUGUGGUCCGCUGAUUGAUCUCUGCAGGGGUCCACAUGUGAGACACACUGGAAAAAUUAAGGCCCUUAAAAUAUUUAAGAAUUCCUCUACAUAUUGGGAAGGGAAAUCUGACAUGGAAACUCUGCAGAGAAUAUAUGGAAUAUCCUUUCCUGAUAACAAAAUGAUGAAGGAAUGGGAAAAAUUCCAGGAAGAAGCCAGAAACCGUGACCACAGGAAAAUUGGAAAGGAGCAAGAACUCUUCUUCUUUCACGAUUUGAGCCCUGGAAGCUGCUUUUUCCUCCCUAGAGGUGCCUUUCUUUAUAACACACUGGUGGAUUUCAUACGAGAGGAGUAUCACAGGCGUAACUUUACUGAAGUCGUAUCUCCAAACAUCUUCAACAGUAAACUCUGGGAAGCUUCAGGACACUGGCAGCACUACAGUGAAAAUAUGUUCUCUUUUGAGAUAGAGAAGGAAACUUUUGCCCUUAAACCGAUGAAUUGUCCAGGACAUUGCUUGAUGUUUGCCCAUCGUCCACGAUCCUGGAGGGAAAUGCCUCUUAGACUUGCAGAUUUUGGCGUUCUUCACCGGAAUGAACUCUCUGGGACUUUAAGUGGCUUGACUCGUGUAAGGCGCUUCCAACAAGACGAUGCUCACAUCUUUUGCACAAUAGAACAGAUCGAAGAAGAAAUUAAGGGCUGUCUUGAUUUCUUGAAGUCAGUGUAUGCUGUCUUUGGUUUUACUUUUCAACUACAUCUUUCUACAAGACCAGAAAAUUAUCUAGGAGAGUUAGAGGUCUGGGAUCAUGCAGAAAAGCAACUUCAAAACAGCUUAAAUAACUUUGGAGAGCAAUGGAAUUUGAAUCCAGGAGAUGGAGCUUUUUAUGGUCCUAAGAUUGAUAUUAAAAUCAAAGAUGCUAUUGGCAGGUACCAUCAAUGUGCUACUAUCCAACUUGACUUCCAACUACCCAUUCGAUUUAAUCUUACUUAUGUUGGUAAGGAUGGUGAUGAUAAAAAAAGGCCAGUGAUUAUUCACAGAGCUAUCUUGGGAUCUGUGGAGAGAAUGAUAGCCAUUCUCGCAGAAAAUUAUGGAGGAAAAUGGCCGUUCUGGCUGUCUCCACGGCAGGUCAUGGUUGUGCCUGUGGGACCUACUUCUGAAGAGUAUGCCCGGCAGAUUUGCAGGGAAUUUUUUGAAGCAGGAUUUAUGUCAGACGUGGAUCUAGAUCAAAGUUGCACGUUAAACAAGAAAAUUAGAAAUGCACAGCUGGCCCAGUAUAACUUUAUCUUAGUGGUUGGAGAAAAGGAGAAAGCAAAUAAUGCUGUCAAUGUGCGAACAAGAGACAACAAAGUUCAUGGAGAGAUUUCAGUAUCUUCUGCCAUUGAAAAACUCAAGAAAUUUAAGAGUUCACAUAUUCCAAAUGCAGAAGAAGAAUUCUGA